CGUUUGCAUGAAAAUUGAGAGCAAUUCCCGAAAUUAAUUGAAGAAGAAGAAAAAAAAAAGUAAAUCUGGAAAAAUGGGGACUCGAGAAGUGUACGAAGAGAAGCUUCGGAGAGGAAAUCUGCACCAUGAUCCAACCAUGAAACCCGGCCUCGGCACCGCCCGCUGCCCCCGAUGUCUAUCUCUGUUAAACCCUAACAACGGAAAUUCGGAAUGGAAAGUCACCCCAGUUCUACACGAUGCCACAGCUGUGGCAGGCUCUGGAAUUGGUGGGAUGCUUAGUGCAGUUCAUGGUUUCAACACAGGAAUUCCGUAUGCCCAAAAGUACGUGAAGGGGCCAAAGUGGCUUCCUUUUGUUAUUGGGCUUCCCCCCCUGCUAAUGUUUUCCGCUGCUAGUGCUGCUUUUGGAGGUUACGCACUUCCAGAGUUCACUCAACUCACGGUGACAUCAUAUUAUGCUGCUUCGAGUGCAUCUCACUAUGGAAUUUCGUUGCUCACUAGACAUAUAGAAGACGACCAUAUCUCUAGGGUUCAUCGUAAGGAGCUAUCUUAAAUGAUUAGCUGCAGGUGUACGGAAAUAUUUCACUUGGCUCGGUUUUGUAAUCACAACUCUACCUGUGUAUGGAACUAAUAUGUAAAUCUAGAAAAUGUGUUCCUUA